AUGGAACGAAUAUUAGCCGCUCUAUUUCUUUCGGCAUCCGUGCUAUCUGAAGAAGUUUAUGAACUCCGCAUUUACGAUGGCGCCAGUCGUGGGACAAGGUUGACGAUGGGUGUCGAGUUGCAGCGCCGUUUCGAGGUGAUGAAAAACUGCUUCGGACAGCUGGAGACGGACGUCGACUGGAUUGAGUACCAAUCUUCUCGGAACGCGUUUUAUACCUCAAGCGAUUUACCAGGAGUGAAGCCAACUGGCGAUCUGACUGGAACGCUCCAUUUGCUGUGCACGGGUAAUCGAAUGCAUUCGCUCGAUUUUCGAAUUCACGUCACUCAUCGGAAUCACCAUCCGCCCACCUUCAACAAGCCUGAGUACCAUUUCUUCGUGCCAGUGACACUGACUGUGGGAGAGCAAGUCGGAAAGAUGGAGGUACACGACAACGAUCCCGUCAUAUACAAUUCGGAGCGCAGUUUGAGUUUCACUCACGAACAGCCGUUCUUCUCAGUGCAUUCUGAUGGUACACUGAUUUUGAAGGAGGAACUUACCACACAAAUAGCUUUCAAACCUAUUCGCAUGGAGGUUCUCGCCAUCGAUUACGGUAGUCCACAGCUGUUCACUCUCGCCAACGUUACGAUCGUCCCUGUGACCAUAUCACCGGUGCGAGGAUUACGAGUGAACGUUGCCACUGAAGACUAUCAGAUCUUCGAAUGGGAAUCACCUUCUUAUGGUCACCCAGAAAAGUAUCGACUGACCAUAGCCAGAGGCGAAAGCAUGCACUACGAAGAGGAGUUGGAUGCAAGACGAACAGUAGCCCUCACCAAGGUAGCGAUCUCACCGUCUGGUAACUUCACAUUCAAGGUGUCAGCAUUGGACGCCAAUGGUGAAACGCCCAGCGAAUGGCAGCGGUUUACUAAAUCUCCAGCGUCUGACAGAGGAAUUGUUUUAGAUUUGUCUUGUAAUGGAGACUGUUCCUCUGGAGGUGUUCCACUCUGCUACUACGGUGCCUUCAACCGUCUCGAGCAGUUCGUGGACAGUCGUGGCGCUCAUUGCCAGUGCUUUCAUGGUUUCGUAGGCGUCGGAUGCGAUAAGACUGACAACUGUCAACCCGAGAAGACCGUGGACAGCUAUGGAGGACUGGACUGGAGAGAGGCGUCUGCGAACGCUACCGUUCAAGUGCCUUGUCCGUACAACACCGAAAGUGACAAACAAAAAGUGGAGCGGGCCUGCGAAUGGAACAAACAGCUGGGUAGAGCUGUAUGGGCUCGUCAGAAGGAGAAGGAUAAGUGCAAACCGCAGGCAUCGGUCCUGACUCAUCUUGGAAUGCUUGGCACAUUUGCCCUCAAUGCCAACGGAGUUUCAACUAUUCAUACCGUAGCCCAGAUCGACUUUGACUCACUUCAAGGAAACACAACGUUAGCCAAGUCCGAGAUGUGGUCGAUCCUGUCCGAAUUUUCUAUGCGUCUGCCAUCGCCGUUCACUUUGGUCUCACCGGACCUUGGACUUCAUUUGAAAGCGAUGCAGUGGGUGAAGGACAGCGAGAAUUUUCGACACUGUUCUCGGUACCAAGUGCCGUGUGAAACUGCCGACCAUCGACUCCGACCAUAUUGUGAGAAGCAUAUGCAUGGCCAAUGCCUCGUUGUUCGACGUGAUCAGUUCACAAAGGAGGCUGGUCUACACGAGGAAUUCGCCGAGUGGACACCAACUAUCACGGAUUCGUGA